AUGGCCAAGUUUCAAACCCCAUGGUUCAUGACAGUGGCUCCCCCACAAUUUAUCUCUGUGACUAAGCGUCCAAUGACAACAAAGUUAGACGCAAUUGAUGAGGAAGAGAGCGGUUUUGGUGUCAGUGAUAGCUCUUUAUCGUCAUCACCAAUUUUCAAACACAUCUUCAUUUCAUCUAUCAAGACACAUGCAGAGGUCAUUCUGGUUGAACAAACCAUAAUUAUGGCCAUGUGA